AUGAACAGCAACGACCCUCCCGAGGAGCAGCUCGUGCCUCCAGUUGUCGACGGAGCCGAGUUUUCGGAAUCGUCUGGUUCCCAGUCUCCAAUUAUCGAGGCUGAACCCGUCGAAGACCUGAACCUUCCUCUCGAUACGGCCGAGCAGCAAGGGUUACUGUUCGACGCCAGCGUAAACCCGCCAGCUCUGCCCGAUGGACCCAGCGUACCACUGCCCGCCCGCCCAGCUCUUCGACGAGAUAAUUCGGUGCCCUUGCCCGUGCCCGCGCCUCUGCACCUCCCACCUCCGGCAGCGCCUCCUGCCCCGCCUCCAGAUGCGACACAGCAGACCGACUCGUUAUCGCUCAUGCAGCUUCAGAGUUUAGUGAGCGAAUUACCUAGAGAGAAUCCUGCGCCAUAUGCUUUCGCAUACGAAGAUGCGUCAUCUUUCGAAGACGAGCUUGAAGAGUGGUUCUCAUACAGUGUGGAAGAGCAGGCGAUGCUGUUGAAAGCGCAGACAUCUUUUGCGCAGGAGUGGGGCACUUUCAAUGGGCUGAACAGCACACCAUACGAAGAAGGAGGACUAGACUGGGUGAAGGCUACGGGGCAGCAGCAGAGCGAGUUCGUACAGUAUCUGUUGGGUGCUAUCAGACGAUUCGACCCCGUACCAAGGCUUAAGAAGCUUGAGGCGUUGGUGUACAUUCUGCUUGGAUGCUGGCAUGAGAGUGCUGGCCUUGGUGCGACCGACUCCGAGGAGGACGAAAACGCGUCGCAAGCCUCGCUCCCCAGAGACGGGCAUGCUCCCGGCACUUACGACAAGUCAGCACAGCAUGUUCAGUUGAUUCUAAAGAAUGUGCGACUGCUGGUGGACCUAGACGGGUUGGAAGUGCUUAUCCAGCAGCUUCGCUCCGCGUAUUCACAAGCUUGUGGCAUGGAGACAGAGGCCAACGGCCCGCGCGAUAAUAAAGACUCUGAACGCCGAGAGCUAUGGUGUAGCAUGACAGCUGUGUAUGUUGUCUUGGAGGCUGCUCGUGUGGAAGAGAAAGAGAAGAACGACAUUACGAUUAGAAGCGCUCUUCUAGCGCUUGAAGAGCCUGGGCUUUUGAUGCUGCUUGUGGACAUCAUUUCGAAGCUGCGAUGGGAUGACACUAUCGGCCUGCCGCUACCCAAGAUUUGCUUGCUUCUAUGGAAGACCGUUUUAGUGUCUUUCGGAGGGCUUGAGGAGGUGGAGAAGGCCAAAGACAGCUUCAAAGACAAAAACCUAGAAUCUGCAGAUGCAAAGGGUCAGCCCCUCAUUACAGCAUCGCCGUUAGACUAUCAUCUGUUUCGCCAGGAGAUACUCUCCAAAUAUCCUGCCUACAACCCUCCACCCCCUAUUUUCCCACUGGAACCUGAGAAUAAUUCGAUCCUGCCACCUCUGAAAAACCACCCCAACAAAGUUGCCGGAAACCAUAUAUUUGGGUCGGGUUUAGGAGAUAUGAGUGGUAACAAUGCAUCUAUCAUGCAUCAGCCUGUCCACAUCGCAACUCCAGCCCCCUCGCCUCCGCCGUCACCAGCUGGCCCCGGUGGAAAGGGAAGGAAGAAGCAAAACUAUCAGACGAACCAAAUGUUCCCAUUCCUCUACCCACCGCUAGAUGAAACAAGCAACAAACUCGGUGGCAAAGGCUCGACUGACUUGCAAGAUCUGCUUGUAGGGCGCAAAUGGGAGGGUUCCGACGUCCCCGCAUCGAUAUUAGAGGCUGCCGAUCUUUUCGCGAAGCGUAUGCGGGCCACUCGAGCUAUGAAACAACUUUGGGAAGAACGUGUGCACUUCAUGAAGUACGAGCGAGGCUGGUUAGGUGCGGACGAAAACGCCGACAUCGAGGCACUUUCCUUGGAGCCAAAGCAGGGCUGCCCCAAGAAGGAGCCUUCGCCACCAGGAAGCAUAGAAGAGCGCUUAGAUUUGGUAGAGGAAUUUUACCGAAGAGCUUUGCCCAGUCUUCAGUCUGUGGUUAUAGUGCUCAUUAAAGCAAUAUUGUCGCACGUCACAGCUCUUGUAACCCAAGCAAAUGGGGCCAAUGGACUUCAGAGUGGAUUUCAGUAUCAAGACAAUCAAAAUGGGAGACCCGAGACCAAUGGUCACAACAGCACUGUGGCUACGAACGAAGAACUGGACGCAAUGCGUACGCAGGAGGUGCUUGAUAAAGCGGUCUCAGGUACUCUGAUGCUGAUUCUCAAGUGGUUCAAGAUUUCUCAUAUCCUGAAGUUCGAAUACAUAACCCAGCUCCUGGUGGACUCGAGCUAUGUUCCACUUAUACUCAAACUUCUGCAACUCCAAGAAAUCGAAAAGGUUGUUAACUUUAAAUGCGAGCAGGAAGAGCUGAACUUCUUCUAUUUCUGCCGGUCCCAUUCCAGGUUAGGUGUCGAGCAAGAACAGCCAGAAGAAAAGCCCGAAGUCGACUCUGACUCCGAUGACGCCGUACCACCUCCAAUCCGGAUGCGUCGCGACGACCCCGAAGGCGCAGAAUCCGAAGCGGAACCUCCGUCGCCGCCCCCGGCCGUUCUUCAGGCGCCAGAAGUUGACGAGCUCGGCUUCCCGACAAGCGAGCUCCCCAAGGAGCCCAUCACAACCUUUUCCUGGCGCGCCUUCUUCACAUCCAUCAACUACCUGCGCAUCAUGCAGAAAAUUUGCAAAAACAAAGCGCACCGCAACCUCAUGCUUGUCUCGUACAAAUCCUCGCAGUUCCUGAGAAAAAGCCUCAAGGUCCCACAGCCGCAGCUGCGCCUGUAUACGCUCAAGCUGUUCAAGAAUCAGGUCCCCUACUGCGGUCGGAAAUGGCGCCAGUCCAAUAUGCGCGUCAUUACGGCGGUGUAUCUUCACUGCAGGCCGGAACUGAGAGAUGACUGGCUAGCGGGUAGUGAUGUAGAUGCAGAGGUUGACGAGAGCGUGCCGUUGGAGCAGGCGCUGAGGGCGCUGACGCAUUGGCAUAAUCUGAAGAGGUAUCCUGAGGGGAUGGGCGCACGGAGCGGCGUGCUUGAGGAUGAGCAGGAUUUCUUCAGGCGAGAAUUGGAGAAGAUGGAUUGGGGGGAUGAGCACGAUCCGGAUAUGGAGCCCGUUUCUGUGGAGGGGUGGUAG